GGGUGAAACGUUCAAAUCGCUUCUGUAAAGCAAGUUUGCCCUCGUUGAUAAUGAAAUCACAUCUUUAAAUCUUAUUUCUCAGAUACGCCUUUAAAGUUGGUUGUCAACCGCCUAUCAAAUCAAAACAAGAUUCGCAAUGUCUCCGCCUCUCGCUGCGUGUGAAUCCGACACCAGCAUGUCUUCACAUCCUCCCCUUUCUUUACCGGGACUCGCACGGUUGUCCCAACAACAAGAGCCUAGCUCUCUCAUCACAGCGACACGACACCAUAAACACGGCAGAUUAAAGCGUUUAGAGGAACAGCUAGCCCUACGGGCUGUCCGGACGGCCAGGAUGUGGGUUUGGUAUUUUCUGCUAAGUUCGGGACCAGGCUCCAGCACGGUUGAUUGUCAGCUUCUUCCUGGGAAUAACUUUACAACAGAAUGCAACAUACCGGGAAAGUUUAUGUGUGGGGAUGGAAAAUGUAUUCCUGAAGGAUGGCAGUGUGAUGGCUUUCCAGACUGUUUCGACAAGAGUGACGAAAGAAGUUGCUCUCUACUACAGCGUUUUAAUCAUGCCACGCUCAAAAACUCAUUUAAACUGUUUGCAUCCUAAAUAGUGCAUUUAUUGCAAAAAACAAUGACUGGCACAGAUUAUUGACACUAUACCAAUAUGUUUAUAACACAUGAUGGCCUUUUUAAAGUGUUAUCAGAUCUGAGCUGUCUGUUUCGUCAUGCUGUUCUGCUUCUUUCUCGUGCAAUAUAACGUAUGAACAGGUCAUUACCAUACCAUACCAUAUUUAAAUAAAAUACAUUACUUACAGUUUGCAGGAUUCUUGUUUAGUCCAUAACUACUGCCAUGUAAGUCAACACUGACAAGACUUGGACGUUGGCUAAAAAUGAACAAUCCACUUCUCUCUGACAUGGGAGUCCUUUGGAAGCCUGUGCAAAGACACUUGUUUUCCACAGCCAGGAACAGCACAACGUUUGUGUGGCAUUGCAAUCUUACUGAUAUUACAAGCUUUUGGUGAACAAGUCCUGCUUUACAUCCACUCGCUUCUCAGUCAGACUGAACGUCAGUGCGUGGAGCCAAAGAUGUGAUAAUGUAAAAGUAGUAGGCAAGUCUUAUAAAUAUUAAUUUCUUUAGUGACAUCACUAAUCCAGCCAUUUCUACUUUGGGUUUCUCCGAAAAAAAGAUUGUAUAUAUGCUUUUGUUAUUGAUGACGAGGGCGUUUUAAGAUUUGAAACUAGCUUGGAUGAUAUAAAUGAUACCAGUACCUCUUAUAUGUCACAAGAUCAAGGGAAAUUUGGUCUGUCAUGUCAUGACCCCUUUAAAGCACAUGUUCUACAAUAAUUGUCAGUGGCUAUGUUUACAUGCACCCAUUUUUAUCAAUCCGAAUGAAUGCAAUCUGAUUGCAGAUCAUUUCAUUUCAUGUCCCCUAAAUGUUGCUAUAUGAUUCGAAAAUUUGUUUACAUGUAUAUGAAAUAUAUUCCGAACAGAACUUCUGUGCAAGUGCACAGCUAGGGUUGCAGAAUUCACGUAACAAAUCCAGGCUAAAGGCCAUUCAAAACGAUCCAAAAACUAGCUCAAAUGACCUCGCAUAGCCCAAAUAUCAACAUCUGGUGAACAAUAUUAUUCUUCUUUUAGCCCGGGGGAAAAAAACAACUGCAAGAACCAUUAAAAAACUUCCUGAUCAUCCAUGUACUUUAGACGUAACGGGACCUGGCAACAGUGCACACGCUUCUAACAUCUCACUUCAAACUUCAUCUCUUGAUGGAUGUAUCGGGGCUCGACAUUAACGCUUGUCCGGGACAAGUAAAUGAUUUGUAUGGGCACAUGUGAAAGAAUUUUACUUGCCCGACUUGAAAAAAAAAAAAAUGGUGCUACGAAAAAAUUAUAUGUUAAGAAUAAUAAGAAUAGGUGCAUUAGAAAGAGCUGCGUGUUUGUUUGAAUUGUGUUUGUCUUGUGUCUGGGUUAAUAUGGCGCAGCGCAUUCAGUCCAUAUAACUAGAUACGGACGCGGAAUCCUGUUAUUUAAAUAUGUUGUCCUGGCCUUGUCGCCCCCGAAAAUAACAAAGUCCAGGAGGGUGGUGAAGUGGAAGCGGAAGGGGGGAGGGACGGAGGGCCAGGCCCGUGCAGGGGAAGCCUGGACUGUAGUGCAGGCUGGCUGGGCUGGAAGCCUGGGCGUGGCAGGCGGGACUGGAAGCCUGGGUGUGGCAGGCGGGACUGGAAGCCUAGGCGUGGAAGGCAGGGAUGGAAGCCUGGGCGUGGCAGGUGGGGCUGGAAGCCUUUUGAUAAGCACGAUCUUAAGUCAUCAAAUAAUGGUUUGAGUUUCGAGGAUGAGAAAAUUGUAUAUGUUACAGCGAAUUAACUCAACUCAACUCAACUCAACUUUAUUUAUAUAGCGCUUUUACAAUUUUCAUUGUUACAAAGCAGCUGCACAUGAGACACAUUGACU